AGACUGUGACUGUGGGUUUUGAGUUGCGCUGUCCACCGUUGCACAAGUAUGAGGUUGCAAGAGGAUGACGUUUGCCAUCUUUCAGUCAGAUUAGACAAUCCGCUACCUUAAGACUUGCAGAGGUGCUGAUAUGAAGGCUUCUCCUCUUACUUCACAGCAUGCCAAAUUGAAAUAAUGCUUUAUUCCUCUUUCUCGAGAGUGGGUGUGAAUACAAAUAGGUCAGGAGCCCACUACCCCCACCCCUUUAUCAGAGCAGGCAGCAACAGCAGCAGAGACGGCGUGACCGUGACGUGGUGGGAGAGCGUACUGCCACCAAGCCUGGAGCUGCCUUUCAGAAUGAACACACAACUCACAGCACAGCUUCUUGUUCAUCUUCCUCCUCCCCCGCUGUUUUCACCCCUCUAGCCCUCUCGCAGACAACACUGCUGAGUGAGAAGGGUGAGAAGAGGAAACCGGAAACAAAAAAGGAAAGAGAGGCACAUUGGGGGAGGGAAGUUAACAGUAGACCAUGCAAAUCAGAGGAAGGAGACGGGCAAGAGGAAACAAGCAUCAGCUCGGAAAUUAGAGCUUGACGGAGAAAUGUAAGGCUUGUGAAUCAUCCAGAGAUUAACCCUAUCUAUCCACCGCUGCUUUGAUAUUCACAAUAUGACAAGAAAGGACAGCCAAAGGACCCUGGCUGAGUGUCAGACACCGACAUUCUCCUCCCUUAGACCAGAGGCAGCGUCAGCGCAGCACCGUUAGCAUCAAGCCUCCGGGGACAAUGCGCCAAGGCAGACAGAGAGACUGCAACACUGGAGCUCUACCACAUGUUCUGCCGAUGCACACAAACAAAGUGGUGCAUGCAUUUGCUAGAUAGCUGCGAGUUCCUGGAUGAGGAUUUCAUUUCCGUUAAUACACCAAGGAAGACCACCAUUUCUUUUACCUUCUGAAUAAAAGAAGAGGUUGUUUUGUCACACGUUAAGGAAGGAAUUAAUGAGGAUCCAACUCGUCAAGCUAAAGCUGUAUGUUAUUGUUGUUCAGCUUGGAGCACAGACCGGGGACCAAGAGGGCGAUCAGUGUGUGAAGAUUGCAAUUCAUCACAUCCGGGAAUGGUCGAUACCAGAAAGAGACAGGAAAUCACCAGACAUCAAAGUGAUUUACAUAUAUGGAAAUGAGAUAUCAACACAGGGUAAAAGUCCCUUAGUCAACCCACCACAUAAACUUCACUUUGAAUCCAGGGAUCAAGACCUGGUCGAAAGCUGCUGACAAGUGGCCUUAUGAGUGUAGCAACUGUCUGAGUGAAUUACUGCAAGCACAACCAUGCAGUGGAGACGACGGCACUGCUGUACACACACAGCUAAACUUCUCUAUCUCCUCUCACUAUUGGGUUUACUGGUUUUUCUGGUUCACCAGGUGUGGCUGCCAAGGCUCACAGGUAUGCCAUGGUGGAGAAGCCAUCCAGUGGUGUAUGGAGGUGGUGGACUUCAUGCCAUUAAAGCCAAACUGAACACGAGCUCCCAACAGUCAAUGUGGAGGUUUGUCAUUGUUCCUCAGCCGACUCUCAGGGCUGAUGCUAAUAGCUCCCACGAAAAAGAUGGUGUCGCCUCUCCUCAAGCAGACCCAAGCUUUGGAAACAAUGUGGCAACCAACACAAGCCAAAGUGAGGAGGGAGACCUUAGUAGCACAAUAACUCACGGGCCUUUCCCUUAUAUCAUCAAUGAGCCAGACAAAUGUGUAGAGAGCAGACCCGUGCCAUUUCUUGUGAUGCUGAUAGCCACUGAGGCUCGGAAGGUGGAGGCAAGGAAUGCCAUACGUCAGACAUGGGGGAAUGAGAGUGUUGCCCUGGCUCUGGGAUUCAUCCGGCUCUUCAUGCUUGGGAAAAAUGAGGGAGAGCUAGGACUAUUACAACAAAGGAUGCUAGAAGCAGAGAGCCAAAGGCAUCAUGACAUCAUUCAGCAGGACUUUCUGGAUUCCUACAAAAACCUGACCAUAAAGACGCUGAUGGGAAUGAACUGGGUGGCAAUGCACUGCCCACGGGCCAGCUAUGUCAUGAAGACAGACAGCGACAUGUUUGUCAACACAGAGUACCUCAUUUAUAAGCUACUCAGGCCAGAACAGAAGCCCAAGAAGAACUACUUCACAGGCAAUAACAUGAGAGGCUUUGCACCCAACAGAAAUAAAAACAGCAAGUGGUACAUGCCCCCAGAGUUGUACCCAAGUGAGAAGUAUCCAACCUUCUGCUCUGGGACUGGUUAUGUCUUCUCUGGAGACUUGGCGAGGAAAAUUUACAGAGCAUCUCUAAGUAUCCGCCACCUGCAUCUGGAGGAUGUGUAUGUGGGAAUAUGCCUGGCCAAGCUCCGGAUCGAGCCCACGCCCCCACCCAACGAGUUCCUAUUCAACCACUGGCGAGUGUCUUACUCCAGCUGCAAGUACAGCCAUCUGAUAACCUCGCAUGGGUUUCAUCCCAAUGAACUACUUAAAUAUUGGCAUCACCUGCAAAGCACCAAACGCAGUGCCUGCAUAAACACAUUUAAAGACAGAGUAGGCAGGGCGCACUCAAAGAGAAUGAAUGGAAGGAGACAAGCUUAAUAACUGAAGCUUUUACACUCACAAGCUCUAUAUGAGGUACAAACCAUUUUUAUCUCAGCACAUUCUCUUCUUAACUUGAUACGAAGGGAUUAAUCCACACUUUUUCCGUAUGGGAACUGAAUACAAACACUGCAUAAAUGUGUAAAAACCGAUGGAAGUACUCCAAUAUUAUUGCCAAUUUUGUACAAAAGAGAUGAAAACUGUUUCUAUGUCUGAGUCAAACCACUGGAGGGUUUAUGUACACAGUUCUAUUUUACAAAAGAAUAAGCAGCGUGUCCACAAAAGUGACUUUUUUGUAAUUAUGUAAGUCCUACUAUACAGCGGGGACCCUACUGUAUGUCUUUUAUAUAUGCGGAUACGAACUCAAAACCUGAGUUGACAAGGUACAGUGCCAAUACACAUGUCAACAUGUGUAUCAAAUAGUCAGGGAAGUCAUUUUAAAAGAGGUUAGUUUCAACAUGAAGUCAAUGGUAACAGACUGGGAUUGUGGCAGAUUGACAACAAAUGUGGGACCAGCCACUUGUUAUGCAGCAAAUGAGCCAAACAUGAUACAACACGUUUUUUUGGUAAUUGCAACUGAAAAAGCACAUUUGAGGACUUAAUGAAGCACAACAGUUUCCCCUGUUACUUGAGUGAGGGUUUGUUGUGACAUAAUUGUAGAUGAUGACGCCCCUCCAAAGACAAUCUCUAAAAGUCAUUACGGAAAAAUCUUUCCUGUCUGUGAUUUACGCUGAUUCUCUUUGACGUGGUCAAAUAGAAUUAGAAAGACCAGCAUCUUUUGUUUAUAAAUUACAUAUUUUAAUUAUUCUUACUGAUCUGCUUGAGAAUCAAGAGCACAUGAGAGCAUGCCAUUUGACUGUGAAUACCAAAUACCAAUCAUUAAAAAAGACUCUUUCCCGA